AUUGCCUGUUCCUGCAUAUGAAAUAUCACAGAUAUCCUCACAAUAUUCCCAUUUAAACAUCGUUUUUCGGAGCUGACUAAGCAAAGACUACUGGCAGAGGACUGCAGCCAAAUCAAUGCAAUGAAUAUUGAUUAGCCGACAGCCUAUUGAUGAGCACAGGGGCGUGGUGUCGCUUGUUUCCACACGUGCGGACAUUUAAAAAGUGUCGACAAACUGCUGCGGGCGUUUGCUGGAAGUUUAACAGGGACAUUGACGGACCGUCUGCAGCUCUUUUCUGUUGCAGCUUUGCAGGAAAACGGCUAAAAAUGCUGCCGGACGCCUACGGCUGCGUUGUGGCGAACAGGUUCGGAAAUCUUCUGGACGACGAUGCUGACCCGUUCGACUUGAUCAGCGAAGUGGAAACGGAGAAGGACAAAAAGAAGAAGAAAAAGAAGCAAAUAGAUGAUAAGAAAGCCAAACAGAAAAAACCCGGAGAGAAGGAAUCCCAGAAGGACAGACGCCUUCCCAUCGCGUCGGAUGGUGUACACCCUGCACCAGUUCGUAAGCAGCAGGGCCGAGCUGGACCUGUGAACGAGAGCGGAGAUGGCAACGAGGAGGCCCAGAGAGGCAUGAGGAUGGCUGGCUUCAGGGAGCGUAGGGCCAACCAAGAGGAGUACCCAAAGGAGUUCUCCAUUUCUAAGCCUGCCUAUAAUCCAGACUAUGACUACAGAGGCAGAGGAGGGUUCAGAGGCAGGAGAGGAGCACGAGGUGGAGGUGGAGGUGGAGGUGGUGGUGGAGGAGGAUACAUAAGGAACCCAGACAACUUUAACCUGAGGGGAAAAAGAGAAUAUGAUCGACACAAUGCAACUGGUAUCUCCCCUGAGGAGAAGCGUGGAGGCAGAGGACCCUGGAACUGGGGUUGUGUUGAUGAAGCUGCAAGUGAGUUAAUGGAGGUGACGCCCGAUGCUCCAGUCAAAUCUGAGGAGCCCCAUGUACCAGCGGAGGAAGAGAAUCAGAAUCCAGCAACUGAAGAGGAGGACGACGGAGAGAUGGUGGUCCAGGUUGCCAUGGAGAUGACCCUGGAUGAGUGGAAGGCCCUGCAGGAGACAAGUCGUCCCAAGGCAGAGUUUAAUAUCCGUAAAGCAGAGAACAAGAUUCCCUCCAAAGCCAAGGUCAUCCACCAGUCAAAGCACGUUGAGACCCUCAAGGAGACUCUAGAUGACAUGGAGGACGAGGGCAACUUCCUCCGCCGGUCUGUGAAUGACAUCACCUCCCUCCUGGACAUCAAUUUCGGGAGUCUUGGACGCCCUACUCGAGGGGGUCGAGGCAGGGGAGCACGAGGUGGUCCGACUACUCGCCCAGAGAGACCCAAACCCAUUAUGGAGAGGGAGGAUGAACUUGCUCCUGACCCUGAUGACCCGGAAGACUUCCCAGCACUAUCAGCAGGAAGAUAACAGACUUCACUUCAUUCAGCUCCUGUGGGGGAAAAUAGGUUGCACUUAACACUUGCUAGAAAACACAGUUUUCAUGUUUACGCUGUUCUUAAGGUUUGGGGGUUUUAUUGUACUUGAUUUAUUGUUCCAUUGCACUGAAGGCACUGUUCAGCAUUUAACUUGUGGAGAAUAAAUGCUUUUGCAAGUUUA